AUGCCUCGGGCGCCGCCGUUUUGCAUCGGCGUGCGGUUUGUUCCGCGCGGCGGCGGGCUGAUGGCGCCCAACUGCGACGGCGACGCGAUCUGCGUCGAGUUCGGGUACAUCAAGAGUGUGCUCUGGUUCUCGCGCGCGCACGAGACAUGGCUGCAGGCGAUGCUCGACGAGCUGGAGGAGGCUGGCCUGCGCCUCUACCGACACCCCGGCAAGGCGUACCACCCGCACCGCAUCUUCCGCGAGGUGCUCUCCGCGGGCCAGCGCGCAGAGCUGCGCCGCCUCCGUGCCGAGUACGACCCGCACCGAGUCUUUGACGGCGGCAAGCUCAAGUUCGAGGAGCUGUACAGCCUCCGGCCGCCGGGAGAGGAGGUCGCGCUGCCGGCGCCGAGUUUCGAGGCGCCGUCGCCGCCGCAGCAGCCGAAGGAGGGCGACACCGUCCCGCUGACCUCUGGAGUCCGCGCAAUGGUGUGACGAGGGAGGAGACCUGGAGAGCCUCUCUACCCCCUUUGGCUGGCGCGUGAGGGCGCCUCCGCAAUGAACGGCGCAGGGCGGUCGAUCAUCGCCUCUCGGCGAGAUCGAGGCUACUUUUCUCGCGCUGGCAAUUCUGCCCCUGCGCAUGCGUAGCCGCAGCCGCACACCCAUCCAGCAGCGGCUCGCCCGCUCCGGACCCUAGCGCAAGCUGUUCGUCUCCCUCGCUUUACAUACAAAUCAUACGGUACGUACACAGC